GAGCGAAAAUUCCGCUUGUCUCUUCCCGCCACAUCGCCAUUUCACGCUUCUCUGAUACUCUUGCCAUGGACGUCGAUAUGCAGGUGAAGGAAGAGGUGGACGACAGGAAGGACCGCGAGAGAGAGCGGGAAAGAGACCGCGACGCGGAUCGCGAUAGGGACCGCGAGCGGGACAGAGACCGGCGCGAGCCUCGCGACAAGGAUCGCGACAGAGACCGCGACCGUCGCGAGUCUGGCCGCAGUCGCAGGAGCGGUGGCGACCACUGGGAGCCUGAUGACAGACGCAAUGGGGAGCGUCGCCCGCGUCGUUCGCGGAGUCGUUCUCCUUCACGUCCACGGAGAAGGUCGGGUUCCCCCAGGCGCAAGUCACGGCGCUCGCAUUCGAGAUCUCCUAGUUCCCGCUCUCGCUCGCGCAGUCGUGACCGCAGAGCCUCCGAGCCGUUCGCACGCUCCCUCGGUGGCCCCAUGAACGCCCCGCACGAAGAAGCCGUCGAGUUCGCCAAGCAAAGCAAGAGAGAAAAUCGCGUCUACGUCGGUAAUCUCAGCUACGAUGUCAGGUACCGGGACCUGAUGGAAUUCAUGAGGGGAGCUGGUGAGGUCCUCUUCGCCGAAGUCUUAAUCACUCCUACUGGCGUCUCGAAGGGUUGCGGUAUCGUCGAAUAUGCCAACCAAGAGGAUGCUCAACGCGCCAUCCGUGAACUCUCUGAACAGCUCCUCCUGAGUCGUCCAGUCUUCAUUCGUGAAGACCGCGAGCAUGAGUCUCGUUUCGGCGCCACGCCCGUUCCGGGUAAAAUUGGCAUGGCCAUGGCUGGACAGGGGCUGAAUGCAGCACCCCCGCCUCGCCCUGCCUCUCACAACCACUUUGGUGGUUUGAACCCUGGGAACCAACUCUACGUUGGUAAUCUGCCUUACCAAGCCGGCUGGCAGGACUUGAAGGACCUGUUCCGUUCUGCUGGCAACAUCAUCCGGGCUGAUAUCAAUAUCGGACUGGACGGUCGCCCCAAGGGCUCCGGCACGGUCAUCUUCGAGACUGCGAAGGACGCGCAGCAGGCCAUCAGCAUGUACAAUGGCUUCGACUGGUACGGACGCACCCUUGAGGUCCGCGAGGACCGAUACGCAGGCCUCACUGGCCCGGGCUCGUACCGUGGCGGUGUCCGUGGCGGCGCGCGUGGAGGUCUCCGUGGCGGUCUCCGUGGCGGCGGCUUCCGCGGUGGCUUCCGGGGCGGGUUCGGUGGAGCUGCAGGUGGGCGGGACUUCUCCAGCCAAGACUUGUAUGCGGACUACUCUGGGCCAGACUCUCAGGGAGGUUUGCGCUUGGGUGCAUACAGCGACACCGGCGCGUAUACGGCAAGUGGCGCCACCGCUCCUUAUGGUGCCGCUGCUGGUGCCGCUGCCUUUGAGCCCGAGCCGUCGCAGCAGAUCAUGGUCCGCAACCUGCCGUGGUCCACUGCGAACGAGGACUUGGUCGAGCUCUUCGAAACCACUGGCCAGGUCGAGCUCGCCGAGAUCCUGUACGAGGGCACGCGCUCGAAAGGCUGCGGUGUUGUACAAUUUGCCCUUGUUCCGGAAGCGGAGACCGCGAUCGCAAAAUUCCAGCAGUACAUGUACGGUGGACGGCCGCUCGACGUCCGCUUCAACGACCGCUGGCACACGUUCUCGCCCGGCGCCGCCAAGGGCGGCCAGGCGGUCCCCAUGCAGGCCGAGGCCAUCUAAACCGCCUCUGCGCUGUACCUAUUUUCUUGUGCGGACACGUUCACGAACGCUUGCCCGCUUCCGCGAUGCCUCUCGCCCCUUCUCUAUGUAUCUGUAUCUCAGAUGUGCGAACAGCAGUCCCGUCACUCAUGCCCUGUGCUUAUUCUACUACGAUAUGUUCUGCCAGUAUAUGCCAGUGCAAUUGACAUUAUUGCCCUGCC